UGACUUAUCGGUUUAUCAAUUUGACAGUGACAUUGGCAAGAAAUCUCAUUCUCAUCUAAAAGCGCUCAAAAAGGAUAGCAACUGUUGUGAAUUAAAGUUACUUACGUUACGUGGCUAUUUAUUAUUUUGUUGUUCUACAAAAAGUUGAAUAAAUAUCAGAUAUCAUGAGUGCCAUAGUUGGAAAUAUGAUGAAGCAGCUGAAAAGCAAAGAGUUCAGGCAGUAUUUAAUGAGCACCCAUUUCUGGGGUCCUGUAGCUAAUUGGGGAAUACCUCUAGCAGCCCUCGCAGAUAUACAAAAAGACCCCAGCUUUAUUAGUGGCAAAAUGACAUUUGCUCUGUCACUAUACUCUAUGAUGUUCAUGCGUUUCGCCUGGAAGGUGCAACCUCGCAACAUGCUUCUAUUCGCAUGCCACUUCACAAACACAUUCGCUCAACUCACGCAGGGCGUGCGCUUUGUGAACCACAACUAUCUUCAAAAUAAGAAGGACAUACAGACAGUCAAGCCCGCCAUUGUACAGGCUAGUGAACCAGUCGCUUCUUAAAAUUUAUAGUAAUUCUAGGUAGCAUAACGCUAUUUCCUAUGCAGCUGAAUGUGAAUUCGUGGAUUGAAUUUCUACGAACCAACUUCUAGAACAAAUGCGAAUGUAAUAAUUUACUGAUAAACAUAUUUCAUUCUUUAGACAUGAAAGAGAAAAAACUAUUUUUGUAAGAAUAUAUUUUGAGAAUAAUAGUUAUAGAAGUGCAGAGGUGGACUAACGGCCAGUUUCUUCAUCAAAAGUAAAAGUCAAAGUAAUGUCUAAAGUAAAAGUAACGGUCAAAUUCGUUUUUUCAAGGCUAAAGUGACAGCAAAACUACUAGAAAAAAUUAAUUUGACUGUUACUUUUACUUCAUUACUUUGGCUUUUACUUUUGAUGAAGAAACUGGCUGUAUUGCCUAUUAGGAGUGGUAAAUAUUUUUCGUGAUCUGUUUUUUUCAACUUUGCUAGCUUCGACUGAAUAGCCAAUAUGAAAAUUAAAA